AUGAGAACGGUUAGAGGGGAUGGAGGGAGGGGAGAUACGCAGAGAGGGCAAGGGGUGACUGGGUUAUUGGAGUUACAGGCAGGGAAGACGUGCAGAGUUGUGAUACUUGAGAGCCAAGCACAUUUGCGUCACACGUGUGCCCAGUGCAUGCGUCUCAGUGAGAGAGGGAGAGAGAGACGACACACACACACACAUAUAUUUAAACCAGGAGAGUCGGAGCAAGGUGGGAAGAUUUGUCGACUGCGUCAAAGCAGAGAGCCGGGAGCACUUCGACUCAGCAUGGAUGUCACCGUGUCCAAUCUCUCCACGACGACCCCUUCGUGUCGUAACGCCAGCUGUGGGAACGAGACCGGCGUGUACGCUACGGCCGCACGGCCACCUUCCGCCACGGUGCCCUCCGACGUGUUCAUGACCGCCCUGUACGGCGCCAUCUGCCUGAUGGGGGUGGCCGGCAACCUGCUGGUGCUCUUCACGCUCCUUCGCAAGCGCGCGCGGCGCUUCCGCGCCCUCUGCACCGCUCCCGACGUCUUCAUCUUCAGCCUCGCCCUGGUGGACACCCUCUUCCUGCUCGGCAUGCCCUUCCUCCUGCACCAGCUCGUGGGCGACGGCGAGUGGAAGUUCGGCGCCGCGCUGUGCACGACCAUCGCGGCCACCGACGCCGCCUGCCAGUUCGCGAGCACCUACAUCCUGACGCUCAUGACCCUCGACAGGUACCUGGCCACCGUCUACGCGGUGCGCUCCGCACCGAUGCGCACGCCGCGCCUCGCCCUCUGCGUCGUGCUCUGCGCCUGGGCCCUCUCGCUGCUCACCGUCACCCCGGUGUGGCUGUUCGCGCGCCUCCUGCACACCGCCGACGGCAGGACCCGCUGCGGCAUGCUGCUGCCCAACCCCGGCACGGACAUCUACUGGUACACGCUCUACCAAUUCGUGCUCGCCUUCGCCGCGCCCGUGCUCGUCAUCUGCGCCACGUACGCGCGCAUCCUGCGGCACAUGUCCAAGCUCGACGCCUCUCCUCCUCUCGUGGCAUUCAGCAGCAACAGCGGCGGCGCAAGGGGGGGCUGCGGGAGCAACGUGCUGGAGCACAGGACGCGACGCAUCACCAGGAUGGCCCUGGCCGUGUGCGUCUCCUUCGUGGCGUGCUGGGCGCCCUUCUACGCCCUGCAGCUGAUCGAGCUGUGCCAGCCGCGUGUGCCCCCUCACCUGGUCGUCUACGACGUCGCCAUUGGGCUCGGCUACCUCAACAGCUGCGUCAACCCGUUCCUCUACAUCGCGCUGAGCGACACGUUCAAGAAGAGCUUGCUCGGCGCUAUGGUGGCGAGGCCCAAAAAGGAGGGUGCCCUCCGUGGAGGCGUCUCUCGCGCGGUGGAGUUGCGCUCGCUCGGUUUGGGUUGCAGAGUCGGGCCGGUCGUGAAUGCCGAGAUGAGGGUACAGGCGGCUAGAAAGUUGUGCUUUCUGGAGGCCACCACGGGCAAUUGUGCUGCUGCUGAUGGUGGUGGUGGUAGUGGUAAAGAUGGAGGUGGUGAUGGUGGCAGUGGUGAUGAUGGUGGUUGUGGUAGUGCCAACCUGCUCAAAUGAGCACUAAUGCAGCGAUUGUCUCCGUCUGUGGCUCUAAGCCAAGUCGUGGAAUUCCCACAUGCCCGUGGAGGGGCCAUUCUCUCCAUUGGAUGUUCACGGUUGAAUGACCAACAUAGUGGUACAGUCAUACCCCGGUUUACGUCAGGGAUGCGUUCCUGAAAUGUGCGAUGACGAAUAUCGAAACGAUGUUAUUCAAAGCAAUUUGCAGGGUAGUUGGGAGGCGAAGGCUGAGAGGCGAUGGAUAACGAGAGAGGACGGGUGAUGCCGUCAGCGACGUAAGUGUGGAGUUGAGGCGACCCAAAUCGGGUAGUGGUAUUCAUAAAGUGACGACGUAUUGGCGAAACGACGCAAAAGUGGAGAGACGUAAAUCGGGGUAAUACUGUACUCAUUUUAUCGACCCAUUUUGGGGUGAUGAAGUCGAACUCCAACGGAGAUUUCACUUUCUGUCCUGAGUCAGGGAGUUGAACGCUCCGCUCCACCUGUAGUGCUGCCCGACCAGAUAGCUGUGGCUGUGGAUGUGAUGGCGGUUGUGGUGACGGUGGUGGUUGUAACGAUGGUGAUGAUGACAGUGGUGAUAUCACACUGCUGUUAUAACACCGAACUGAAAAUAUUUCAUCUGUCCUAACUGAUCAGUCGUUGUUCACUCUACCUAAAGGAAAGCCCUUCUAUCAAUACAUCACUGAAGGAUUUCUGUGUUUGAACCUUUGUAAAAAAAAAGGUCAAAGUGUGUCCAUGCUGAAAUGAGAGUGAGUCCCGCAUUCUUCUGCUCGUAGGCUUGAGCCUGUGGUGGAAAUUCCACAUUCCUAUGACGUGAAUGGGACUAUCUACAGGACAAUCUCGGUAAACGUUCUAAGUGCAAAAUUCCCUCUAAACCGAUUUGGCCUAACAUCUCCAACGCUAGGACCCCUUUGAACAUGGUUUAGUCGUAUGAGUCAUUGAAUAAGCAGAUGACAUAUGUUUAAAUUAUUCAGAUAGACGGUGAGCUAACUGCACUAUGAACUCUGUAACCCAGGUUUGAUUCCAGGCCAUGGUUAAGAUCAGUGGCGUGUGAUAUCUUAACUGGUUCUGGUCACCCACUUCACCAACCCGCACUGACCAGUGUGAAGUAUGGUCAGACGCCCCCUAUAACUCACAUGAGCAUUGGGGAUACCUUCAUUCAGCAGUAAUUUGACAAAGGGCUGAAAAUAAUCAUCAGCAAUAUGAAUACUGUACGGUAGCGUAAAUGCAGUUCGAGUGCUUACUGCUGAUGGAAAUUCCA